CAGGCCACCUCCCUUCCAACCCUCCCCCGCCCCUCCCAACCCAGGAGGGGAGCUCUUCCCAGCGUCUCUGAAAGCGGGUAGGGAUCCCAGCGGCUUCAAGAGAGUCCCAGGGGAGAGGCGGGCGGAGGCGCAGCGCUGGGAACAAAGGCCCACAGAGGGGUCCUGCAGCGCGCAGCUCCCCGGGGGCUGGGGCGACGGCGGCCCGCUCCCCCUCAGCUCCUCCCUCUCCUUCCCUGCUUCCACCCGGAGGCCCGUCGCGCAGCCCGAGCUGCGCCAACUUCGCCAGCGGUUCCCAAGUUGCCGGGGGCGCAGGGGUGGGAGCUGGGUGGGGUGAGGGAGAAAAGGAGGAGGAGGAGGGCUCCCCGGGCGCCUUGGACGCAGUUCAGGAAUCCGCCGCCACUGCCGGCCGCUCGCGGACUCGGGCCGAACGGGGAAGGCGCCAGGCAGGACCGCUCGCUCGCUGCGCAGGACGGCGCCCUCCUGGCGCCGCUUCCCGCCCACCGUGCGAACCCGCGGGGCCGAGCCUCCUUCCCUCCCCGCCGCCGUCCUCGGCCGGAGCCGCUUCUGCCUGGUCCUGCCGAGAGGAGGGCAAAGUUGCGGGCGGAUGCUGCCCGCACCGGACCCCUGCCUCGGAAAGUCGGAUCCGCCCCCGCUGGAGGAGGCUCGGUGGCGGGAUCCUCUGAUACAGGUGUUCGUGGCACGGGGAAAGCUUAAACAAGGAGCAGAAGAUAAGCACUGCCCAGCUGGCCCCUGCCCACCUUCCACAGCGAGCCCACCUGGCCCCUCCUCCUUGACUCUGGGAGCCUCAAAAGUCGGGGAACACACCCACCGCCGCCGCCGGCUGUCCUUGUGCUUCGGGACACUGGGAAGCUGGCAUACUGGUGGCUGGGGACAAGAGGAGAAUGUGGGAGAAGAGACAGCCAGGGGUUGCAGCACAGCCCUGCGCCAUCUGAGGAAGUCUCCCUGCCUCGGCCCUGCUCGAGGACCAGGUGUCCCCCACCUGAACGACGAGCCAGGUCCUGAGUGAUGUCCCCAAGCUGAGUGCCCAUGGCCCUACCCUUCCCCAUGGAGAAAGGACUCACUCUGCCCCAGGACUGCCGACACUUUCUGCACAGCCUGAGAAUGAGGAGCAAAUAUGCCCUUUUCCUGGCUUUUGUGGUGGUGGUUUUUGUCUUCAUUGAAAAGGAAAAUAAAAUCAUAUCAAGGGUCUCGGACAAACUGAAGCAGAUCCCCCAAUCCCUGGUAGAUGCCAAUAGCACCGACCCAGCCCUAGUCUUGGCCGAGAACGCAUCUCUCCUGUCCCUGAGUGAGCUGGAUUCGGCCUUCACGCAGCUGCAGAGCCGCCUGCGAAACCUCAGUCUGCAGCUGGGCGUGGCGCUGGCAGAGGAGGCUGAGGAGGAGACCGCAGAGUGGGAGCAGGAGUCCCGCCCACCCGCCGAGGCCCCGCCCCGGCGCCACUUGCUUCUCAUGGCCACCACGCGCACGGGCUCCUCGUUUGUGGGCGAGUUCUUCAAUCAGCAGGGCAACAUCUUCUACCUCUUCGAGCCGCUGUGGCACAUCGAGCGCACGGUGACCUUCGAGCAGGGCGGCGCCAACGCCGCGGGCUCGGCCCUGGUAUACCGCGACGUGCUCAAGCAGCUCUUCCUGUGCGACCUGUACCUCCUGGAGCAUUUCAUCAUCCCGGCACCCGAGGACCACCUGACCCAGUUCGUGUUCCGCCGGGGCUCCAGCCGCUCCCUCUGCGAGGACCCCGUCUGCACGCCCCUCGUCAAGAAGGUCUUCGAGAAGUACCCCUGCAAGAAUCGCCGCUGCGGCCUCCUCAACAUGACGCUGGCCGCCGAGGCCUGCCGCCGCAAGGAGCACAUGGCAAUCAAGGCUGUCCGCAUACGGCAGCUGGAGUUCCUGCAGCCGCUGGCCGAGGACCCCCGCCUGGACCUCCGCGUCAUCCAGCUGGUGCGCGACCCCCGCGCUGUGCUAGCCUCCCGCAUGGUGGCCUUCGCCGACAAGUACGAGACCUGGAAGAAGUGGCUGGCCAAGGGACAGGACCAGCUGAGGGAGGAGGAGGUGCAGCGGCUGAAGGGCAACUGUGAGAGCAUCCGCCUGUCCGCUGAGCUGGGCCUGAGGCAGCCGGCCUGGCUGCGGGGCCGCUACAUGCUGGUGCGCUACGAGGACGUGGCCCUCAGGCCGCUGCAGAAGGCCCAGGAGAUGUACCGCUUUGCAGGCAUUCCCCUGACCCCGCAGGUGGAGGACUGGAUCCAGAAGAACACCCAGGCGGCGCACGACGGCAUCUACUCCACGCAGAAGAACUCCUCGGAGCAGUUUGAGAAGUGGCGCUUCAGCAUGCCCUUCAAGCUAGCGCAGGUGGUACAGGCUGCCUGCGGCCCCGCCAUGCGCCUCUUUGGCUACAAGCCUGUGCAGGACGCCGCCUCGCUCUCCAACCGCUCCGUCAGCCUGCUGGAGGAGCGCGGCACCUUCUGGGUCACGUAGGGGACCCGGGGCGUCGAGCACCCCUCCUGGUGAAAGUCCCGCCUUGCCUGCCUCACCCAGGCCAGCUGGGAGACUGCAGCGCCGCCGCAGGGGUGGGCAGGAAGACGUGCAGGGCGUAGGUGGCGCCUGCGCUGUAGAAGUAGGCCCGCAGCCCGCUCGCUUCCCCGCCCUAGCUGUGGGCCUGGAGCUUCCCGCUGAGAACAGGACAGUGGCCGGUCCUUUUGAGGGCUGUCAAACCCAGACCUAAGGGGCUGUGGUGUCCUGAGCAGGCCCAGGCAAGCCCGAGCCUAUUGACAAGCCUUUCUCUCCUCUCUCCCCCUCUCUCUCUCUGUCUCUCUCUGUCUCUCUCUCUCUCUCUCUCUCUCUCUCUCUCACACACACACACACACACACACACAGAAAUAUACAUGAAACACACAUAGAUGCCUGUAGACCCUGUGGGUCCGAGUCCACAAAUAUUUAACAACCAGAAGGGGUUUCAGACACUGGCUAGUCACAGUCAGACCCCCUGCUGUAUUCAGUGUCAACCUUUCAGUUUCUGAAUUUCUCCAUAAUCCAGUGUGGCAUCUGGGUGGGUCCCUGGGGAGAGAUGAAAUCAGCUCUAUAUAGAGCUACAAAACAAAAAUACACAUAUAAAGACAAAUACCUACACUCACACCACACGCACAGGCAGAAGAACAUAAAAACACAAACACACAGAAAAAAUCUUCCCCGUUGCUUUAUGCUUUAUCUGUAUCACACACCUAAAGAAAAGCCUCUGGUUACCUUUUAGAGUUAUUUGGGGAAGGGGGAAUGAUAUAGUCAUGGGCCAUGACCCUGUUCCCCAUCCAAGUUUGAGGCUGAACGGUGGAUACAGAACUGCCAAGUCCAUGGCCUCUGCCCACCUUAGAUUCUCGUGGCUACCUCCCCUGACCCAUUCAUGUCCUUGCUGCCAGCAGGCAGCAUGGUUUGAAAUGGCAUGGCUGACCCUCGUGUGAUUGCAGCCCGAAGGCCCUGUCCUAGCUCAGUUGGCUCCCCAAGAGCAGGUCCAUAUAUAAAAGCGGCCUCAAGCCUGACUGGCAGGAGCAUCAGUGGUCCCUGGAGGCAAAAGGCAGCUCAUGAGUCCUGUCAUUUCCAGCCAGGCCGCUGUGGGGCAAGGCCCAGAAGGAAAUACAGAGUGCUCUUGAGGGAGAAGUCACAUCAGGAUACCCCGUACCCUGAGAAGACAGGGGACAGAGGUCAGCCACAUGGUUGGUCAUCAUGGUUAUGUGGUUAGUGUCUGGAAUUCCUCAUUUAGGGCUCUGGGAAGAGUAUUGCUCAAUGUGGGAUGGGGUGCAUGUUUUAUUUUUAUUUUUUUUAAGUUAUUUAUGGUUUGGUCUCUUGUGGUUGUGUUUUCAGGUUUGUUUCUGCAGGAGUGCUGCUUGGAAGCAUUGUGGGCUUGAGGGGCUGAGGGGGGCCGGGAAGACCAGUGGGGAGCACUUUGGCUCCUGCUGGAGGAAGAGGAGGAGGAGCCUUCCCCCAGAAGGACCAGAGCCAAGGUGGCCACAUGGCAGCCCACAGUGCCCCACGGGCUUUUCUGUUUGAUCCCAUGUGGAACAAAUCUCAGAAACCAGUGGCGUUCUUUGCUGAGUGUCCAGAGGCAGCAUAAGUUAGCAAUCCUCACCCCCUCCCCAAGAGGCCAGAUUUGAACAUCUCUCCCAGGUCCUAACAUAUUUCCUGGGGCAUCAGGGGCCUAUGACCAAGCAGAUGUCCCCAGGGUGGAAGCGUUUCCCCAUUCCCACCCCAAACUGGGGAGCAGAACUCAGUACCACCUCAGAACUUGCAGGAAGCAUCAGCAGUUCACUAAGGGCUGUUUCUGAUUUCCUGGACAACCUCUGUAUCAGAUCCGUCUCAUUGUCAAGCCCAGAGGGCUGAGUUUUGUUUUAAGUAUUAUGGGGAGCAGGGAAAUACAGGAUCUGGGUCCAGCUAGUGUUGCCAUAGGGAAGGGGGUGUGUGUCCUGGCAGGAAGCCAGCCUUUGAAAAGGUGAGGACAGUGGCCAUCUUGUGGGAUCCAUUACAGUCAGUGCGUUCGAGCUGCUGGGUCUCCAUCACCAUCCAUCACCAUGGAUUCAGCCAAUCGAGGAAGUCUCUAGGUUUUCUGUUCCAAGAAUAAAUUGUGCCGGGAAAUGGCUCUAAUUGGGGGUCCAAAGGGACUCCAGCUCUGAAAACUUGAUCCUGGGGCAGAGUGGGGCCAGGAUGGUUCUGGCAGGCCCAGAAGUACUGGCCAUUCCUCCCCAGCCCUUGCCCUGCUCCCUCCACUGUUCCCCACCUGGGGGUGGUGGGGGGCAGGCACCUCUAUCCAAGGCCCUUUCUGGCUCCUGGGGCCCUCCUAGUGUGGACUGCAGACUUCUUCCUCUUCCCUUCCUGUGCCUCUGGGGCCAAGGCCUCCACCCCUGAGCUCUGAGGACUAUGCCGAGAAUGGACCUUUGGGACUUCUCAGGACAUUAACAAUUUGUACACUGCAGGUUGACUUAAUUUAUUUAUUUUGUGAAAAAGAAGAGACAGAAACUAUUUUAUUUUUUGCAGGGACUCAAAGCUGUACCCAAAUCAAACAAGACAAUAAUAAUAGAAACCAUUCACUUCCUACAUACAAGGACACUCCAAGACGAUUCAGAAUACACGAGAGGAUAAAACUGAGAGCGUGGGAGUCACGAUGGCCGCAGGGUACUUUUUUAGCUCGGUUUCCUCUUGUUGAUUUGAAGAUGUGAAAGUAAGGCCCUUUCUGCUAUAUUGCCUUUGUCCAGGCAUCUGAAAUAGGACACAACUCAAGAGAGUGUUGCCUUGGGCUCAGCAAUGCUCUGGGAACCCUUGGGGCUUAGGGAGGAGAGGGAGGGAUGACUACUGACUGACUCUACACUCCAUGGGACCUGGUUGGAGUAAGGGAGCUGGGCUAGGGGAGGUGGUCCAGCUGGGAGCUAGUGCCUCCUCUUCCAGCGAGGCCAGCCCUGGUUUCUCUGCUCCCUCUGGCCCCCCACGAGCCUUCACCUCCACAGCACCCACCUGCCCGGAGACAGAGGGAGUGUUGAGGCCUCACCUCCGCCCGCCGCCAGCUUCCCCGGAACAAGAGGCUCAUUCAUCAAUGAGCGUUUAUUCGUUUUUCUUUUUCUUCAUGAAGACCUCUUUAGCCCAGCCUAUAAAAAUAGUACAGAACAUUCCAGGCCUUGGUGAGACAGGGCAGUGUCCAACACCCUCAGGCUGCCGCCACUGCCGCCCAGUCCUGGCUUCUCCUCUGGGCCUUGUUUAUAAACCUUGGAGUGGAUGAGGACAUGGGGGGAAGGGUCUUUGGGAGCAGGAUUUGGGAGGGGCAGGAUUCCUGAGUCCCAUGAAGAGGGAAAAAGAAGAAGCAGAUGUGCAGAUCUCUGUAGCACGGCCCGUGCAGGUUAUCACCAACUUAUUACUAAGGUUGAGGGA